AUGCCCGCCGGAUAUCCCCCGACAAUGGACUUCAUGAACCUGGAUACUGCCAUGGCUAUAUCUCCGAGCAAGCCCGAGGAACCCAGGCCGCCCCGUAAUAUGGACCAUUCUCAGCCCAGCUCGACAACAUCUUCCAGCCAGGCUCGUUAUCUUCGUCCGUUCUCUGGGAAAGGUCUCCAAACACUUAGUGGUGUUGCUACUUCUAAUGUGCAAUCUCUACGGAAGGACAGACUCCAGGAUGUCAUCACUUCUGCCCCACAGGAUCAACUUACCAAGGACGACGACGCCAGCGCUAUGGUUAUCCACAGUGAUCAUGGUGCAGACACUCCGAGGGCUCUGUCUCCCUGCGUUCGAAAGGACGAUGCUGUCUUUGCUGGACCUUCCCGCGAUACGUUUCGCCAUUUAUCGGAUACAGUUCAAGGCCACGAGCACCGUCUCGAGAGACUCGAAAAUGUUUCAUUUUCCGCUGCCGGGCACGAUGAGUGUCAUGAGAAGCAUGAUGCCACGGAUCUCCGAGUGACUGACCUUGAAGUUCGCUUCGAGGAAGUUGAAAAGCUCAUUCAUGAUAACGGCAGUGUUGUAGGUCGCCUCGCCGAUCGACAGACGUUUGACGAAUCUACCAACAGCGUUGUUUCUGUCGCUACGAGUACGACUACUGCGCGAGCCGGCCAUUCCGGCGAAAUCUUUAGCCAGAUUCAGACGCUGCAGUCUCAGAUCCUCCAGCUUCAGUCACAGCUUCCCACGCUCACUCGGCCAUGGGAAAUUGAAGUCGUGUAUCUGCCUUUUCCACUGAGGAGGGUCUGGGUGGAGCUGCAGGAUUUCAAAUCCGAUGGUCCUUCGAGCUUGGAUGAAUGGACUCAGAUGCCCAACACCAUGAGCUCUCACACACUUAGAGCACAGUCACCUUUCUGCGCAGAAUGGGCAGAUCCUGGAAAUGACUACGCGUGGUUGAUGGCAAAGGCCUGUAGUCCUACCAGUAUCAUCAAUAGCCGACUCAAAAGCCGCGGCCUAGUGCGCACCAUUUCUGUCAGAGGGUCAGACGCACGAAGCGUCCAGGCAGCGAUUCAUACUGCGUUCGGCAUCACCUUCACCGAACUUUCUGGCAGUACUCGUUUAGCCUCACGUCGGCGCAGCCUCGACAAUAAGACAAGUCGCUUUUUAGGCCUGCAGCAACCAUGGGUACCGCUCCGCAAGAUCCACAAAGACUCCCGCCUCCGGUUCUUGACGCCAGCAGAGAUGGUUACGCCUGCCCUUUGGGACGUGUCGUUUCUCAACUCUGUAAUCAUGCGAUCCUCUGAGCCGCGGCUGUUCAUCACGCAGCCCGAGGCCUAUCUCCAAGAUCUGCCGUCAUAUGAGAGUGGUUGGAGUUGGCAACGCCUUCGCGAAAUGAGCCGUUUCUACCCCGAUUCUCAGGCUACUCAGGAGGUCCCCGAAGCCGACGCGAAAGAGGAUCACUGGACAUGGAAUGAUCACCUUGACGAAACCGCGAGCGCGCCAUCUUCUAUGAGUAUGCGUCAAGCUGGUCAGCGAGUUUCGGCAUCUCCUUCGCUACAUCAUAUUGCGAUUCAGUCUUCGAUGCGAUCAUCCAGUCCCAUGGCAGCCCGUGGCCAAACCCCUGUGAGGGACGGAAGGAUCACAAAGCCACCGUACAUUCGCACCGCCUCGCUGCCUCCCUCAGUCUCGGCCAACAUGUCGCCGUCGCAGAUCAAGCGCCGUGUAUCAUCAUUUGGCCAGAGGGCAGCUGUUCCAGUCCGACCCAACCCUCCCAACAUUUCGACUGCUUACAAGCGGCGCCGCACGACUCGUUCGCCGAGCCGCCCUCUCAACACCCCUCGAUGGACAGUGUCGCCAAGCCCGAUGCCCGGUGUCAUUCCCUCCGAUGAGCGUCACCCGUCAACCCGUGGCAUCACGCCCCAUUACUAUGCGACCCCGUACAGUAACGCACCGCUGGGCGAGACCCGUCCGCGGGGUACGGGCGUCGUGGUGGAUGAUACUCCCGCCGACGAUGACGAAAAUCUUGAUCCGGAUUACGGAAGCACCAACCCUUACGAUGAUGACGACGACAGCGACUACAGCAUCGAGAUGGUAGCUCACGUGCCACCGGAUCGGGAAGGUGACUCAUCGUUCUCGCGGCAGGUUCAUCUGCCUGAGGAUGAGCCUUGGCCCGGCAUCGAGGACCAAGAGCACAUGUCCGACGGCGAGAAUAUUGACCCGCUCUUCUCGCCGACGGCCGAGGACGACGUUCACUCGGAGGUGAGCAGCCAGCCGUCCGAGUAUCCCAGCACGCAGCGUGGCUGGCAAGUGCCUGGCGCCGAUGACGGCGUAGGCUUUCGUAUCCACGAAGACGCCGAUCGGAUGCUGCAUGGCUGA